AUGGCAUCUCAAAUGACCCAAGAAGAAGAGCAGAUCAUGCGCAACAAUCUUUUCGAAGGUUUCAUCGCUGAAGGCCUUUCUACCGACAGCUUCCUGUCUCAAGGCCUCGAGAUCGAAAAUCUUGCGACCGACAACCUCACGGCCGGCAACGCCAACGCCGGAGGCGCUUUGCCUGAGAGCCUCACAUCCGUCAACACUCUAGCUGAUGGUAUGGCUAAGGACCCCACGGGUGACCUUCUCUCGGAUGACUGGAUGUUCGGGGAUAUACUGUCGCAGCUGAUUGCCCACAAUACCUUGCCUGAGUCUUCAACUCCUGUGGAACUCACUGCCGAUGACCUGAACCUCUUUCGCGAUGCCUCUCUCCCCAACCGUCCAGUCAACUUGACUCCUCCGUCUACGCCUGAGCAUCUCACUCAGAGCAACCAGCUCAAAGGCAAUCUCGAACCCGCCACGGAGUCUAUGGCGUCGAAUCAGGUCGGCAAGAAUGCAGCUUCGGUCAGUGAUAUUGCAGUCGUCAACAAGGCCAUUACUGUCGCAGCCCAGAAUGGCCUGACUAGCAGCGAGCCCGCUCCCAAAGCUGGCCAGGAAAACGUCACCUCCUUCAAUCGGCCAUCAUCCACUCCCAUCACCAGCCAUACCAACGUUGUUCGCCACGAGGAGCUGGCUCCUCUUACCACCAAUAGCAAAAAUGAAGCCAUGAAACCCACGUCUACCUCUCAAUCCCCGGCCCUGUUCGUUUACUCGGCACGUCAGGCCAUGGCCGACGAGACUCACUACUCUAAUUGCGAGAGCCCCGAAGAGAAGCUCGAGCGUUUCUACAUGCUCACCGGUCGCAAGCUUAUAUUAUCCGAUGGCACCGAGGCAUAUAGUGCCGGCACUUGUCCUCAGCAAGCCUCACGGACAUACAAGUUCGCACCAGCAACCGACCGUCGUUUCCCUAAUGAUUUUACCUCGUUCGUUGCGAGCGCGAUGGGUCUUGGAGAUUACAACGAAACCAUGCUUCCUCUCCAACUGGCCUGGAUUGAUGACAUUCGCAUGUUCAUGCCUCAUCCAGCCGAGCUUCAACCAAAGCCUUUACUAAACAAAGGAGGAUACGAAUUCGGUAUCAACGGCGAGAUUCUUCGAGACAUUCCCGCACUACCACGACACAUCAGCUCUGCAGUCGAAGGAUGGCGUCUUCAGUACUGGUUCGUCAUCGAUAAACGAAUCACCUAUUCGGACAUCAUUGCCCGAAUGCACUUUAAGUGUACCGAGAACGAUGGUCAAGGCCCAUUGAAGUGCGGCAGAAAGGAAUUCAUCGCUAUUCUGGAAUCUCGCAUCGAAGCGUUUUGCCGCAAGAAUGGAAUUUUGCGUCCAAUGAAGACUGCCUUUGACGCUGAUACCUACCAAGUCACGCGUCAUGAUAUUGGCGCUAUUACAAGCCUUUCAGAUACCCAGCUAGCGUACGGAACGUGGUGGGUUGUCGAUGAAGAAAAGGGCGUGAUGUACCCUCCCGCUCCUCAAAACAGUAGCCUUGCCUACUCGCCGCCGGCUCAAUACAUGCUACCCCCGAGACUUGGGAUGAGCCCCCGAGUACGGAAGAUAUUCGAAUUCUCAUCUAUGAUGAGGUCUACUCAGCAGAGACAAUCAAACCAGCAACCACGCAUGGCCGCCCCGACACCUUCAUUCGUUAACAGGAACCUUGUGGUGCCGUCCCCUGUAAUGACUCCAAUGCGCAGGGUAUCCAAUGCUUCUACUGCAUCGGCUGCAGCAGCUUACAUGACACCUGCCACGACUCCCGCUUCCGCUGUGGCCGUCAAGCCAUCUGAUACUACAUCUUCCAUGCCUGCCGCCAACGCUCGCGGUACGAAACGGCCUAAUACAUCGACUCCAAAGCAGAAGGUGAAGCGCACUCGAAACGCGCCGACAGCGAACACCACCAAAAACGCCAUUGCGAGCUCCCAUGGCAGCUUCCAGUCUUCCCCGGCCACAAGUUAUGGAAUGCAGAGACAGGAAGCAGCCAUCCAGAAGUACAGGUUGGAUCAGAUGGCCGCCGCCCAAACCAACCAGGCGCUAUACAACCAAAACAAUGGCCAGGUGCCCCACGGCCAGAUGUUCAAUGGUCAAAUGGGUAGCUUUUGA